CCGAGCUCCAUUACCGCCGUCGAAUUUCGUCGCAUUCCUCCCUCUCUUUUUUUCUAGACAACCCCCAAGUCAAUCCUUCAAAAUGGCCGACGACGCUGCUCACGAGCUCGAGUUCGACACCGUCGAUGCCGGUGCCUCGACCACCUACCCCAUGCAGUGCUCUGCUCUGCGCAAGAACGGUUUCGUCGUCAUCAAGGGCCGCCCUUGCAAGAUCAUCGACAUGUCGACCUCCAAGACCGGCAAGCACGGUCACGCCAAGGUCCACCUUGUCGCUACCGACAUCUUCACCGGCAAGAAGCUCGAGGAUCUCUCCCCCUCCACCCACAACAUGGACGUCCCCAACGUCACCCGUCGCGAGUACCAGCUUCUUGACAUCUCCGACGACGACUUCCUCUCCCUCAUGGCCGAUGAUGGCGACAUGAAGGACGAUGUCCGCAUGCCCGACGGCGAGAUUGGUGACAAGAUCAGGAAGCUCUUCCAGGAGGAGGAGAAGGACACCAACGUCAUUAUCCUCACUGCCAUGGGUGAGCAGUGCGCCAUCGAGGCCAAGGAGGCUCCCCGCCAGUAAGCGUAUGCAUUACUAUGACGGUGUGGACAGGUCAGCGCAUUAUGAACAUGUUGUCUUGCGCUGGCCGGCAGGAUUGGUGACCUGAGGACGUAGUCCGGUGUUUCUUGGUCCACCGAAUACCCACGGAAUUACCCACGGGUUCUUGCGUAGAAGGGAUCUCUGGACAGGAACUGAUGAUGCCGGUGACAUGGACUCGGCAACUGCAAAGCGCCACCGCAUGACUUCAUUUUCCUUUGUUCCCGUCAGCCUUUCGUAUUCUUCACGAUCAGCCAGCUCUGGGAAGGCGACACAAAUUAAGCAGCAGCUUGCGGUGGCGACCGAUCUUUUCCAAACAAUCCAAAUAGUUUCUCCGUG